UCUGUGGUGAAGUACGUGAACUCAUCAUAUCAGUGACGAAGCGAUUGUUUUUAUUUUGAUUGCGGAUUGCGAUAAUUACAGUGGUUUGCAUUCGCCAACUUUUACUUUGUUAACUGUCUGGACAAGCUUCGUGCUGGAGAUAAAAGAUGGUUGCGAUCAAAUCAUCAGCUCAAUUGAAGCAUGAGGAUGAGGUAGUUACUUACGCGAUAUCUCCCUGGCGAAAAUGGUUUUAUAUCUCGUUUGCUGUGAUUGCUUACUUCUUGAUCACUGUGACCAUGUUCCACAGCCACAAGCUGAUGAGCCAUCAUGAAAGAGAGGAGUCGCACAGAUCACCAGGAUCUCUGAACUUGCUCACUCGGGGUCACGGGCAUGGGCAUCCUCACGGUAAUCAUGAGCCGCAUUCUCAUCAUCCGCACGGUCAUGGGCACUCUCACCCACACCACCAUGACUCCAACAACUAUGCACAUUCAAACGACAAACAAAGCAACAAAGAUUGGGAUUUCCUCAUCUUCACGCAACACUGGCCGAACACCGUCUGUCUGAGUUGGAAUGAAAAGACAGGCCGCGGCUGCAACUUCCCUGCAGACACAAACAUGUGGUCCAUUCAUGGUAUUUGGCCCACAAGAACCAACACAGAAGGCCCAUUCUUCUGCAACAAGGUCCACUUCAACGCAACUCUCUUGGAACCUAUUAAAGAUGACCUCAACAAGUACUGGCUGGAUGUUGAACAGGGUCGGCCGGCAAAUGAUCUGUGGGUCCACGAAUGGUCGAAGCAUGGAACCUGUGCGAUGGCUGAUCCACCUCUAGAUACAGAGCUCAAGUACUUUUCCCAAGGAUUAAAGUGGUUCGAGGAAUACAACAUGGAGAAGGUUCUGGGAAAAUAUCAGAUUUUGCCGAAAGUAGAGGAAGACAGUGGAGUUAGUGUUAUCGAUAUCUGGAACGCUGUUACAGACUCAAUUGGGAAGAAACCUGUCAUCCGAUGUUUGAAAGACCAGAAAACAGCGAAAACUUAUCUUUUCGAAAUCAGAAUAUGUUUUGACAAGGAUUUGAAUAAUUUGGAUUGUGAUGGCGCCAAAGGCUAUCAUAGGGAACAUGAUUUUGUGUAUGAUGACAUUCACACAAACUGCCCACUGCAUGAGCCAAUUUUCUACACCUCAGUGGGUAAUCAUCAACCAAGUUUGAAUCAUGAAGUCUCAUCAAAAAAAGACAAUUCUGCCAUUUCAGCACUGAAAAGUGUUCGAUCCUACAUACAAGGCUUGUUGUUAGGGGGCUGUACUGAAUCCUUCAAGAUGUAUUAGACAGUUGGAAGUUCUGUUUAAGGAACUUAAAUUUUGAUCCAUGACCCUAUGUAUCUUGGACGCCUGAUGAAAUUCUUUCAAUUACAAUGCCAGUGCUUACCAUCUGUUCCUAGGUUAAAUUAUAGGUGCCAUUUUCAUGUGUUAUGUUUCUACGGUGUCAAUUGUUGAGCAAACACGAGUAAUAUUGGAGAAAGUGAAUCUUGAAUUCUAAAGAGGACGAAGUUAAAUUUUUUCGUAAGACCUUUCCGAUUCCCAGAGCAUUUUUAUCGCGAAAAAAUCUCAAGAAAUUUAUUAUUUGAAUGCUCUAGAAUAGUAAAAGUAAAUUUCUUUUAAAUGCAAGAGAAGCAAAAUCCUUGACUUCUGUCCUCUUCAGCAGCUCUGAUUGCCUUUCAUUCAGGAUGUUAUGUGGGGCUUUUUUUUUUAAAAACUUGACAUUUUCAAUUUUCCAUUUGCGAUCUUCAUUUCAAUCAACCUAAUGAUGAUAAAAGGGCAUCAUACUUAUUUUGAUUUAUAUGUAUUUAUUGUCACAGUUACUGAUAAUUUUUACCAAAUAUUCUUUCUUUCUUUUUCUCUUUAUGAAUUUUAAAUCAUUGUACCUCAAGAAUUUUUUUUUUUUUAAAUAUUAUUAUAAUUAGAUACCAACUCCGCAUGAAGAUUAAGAUGAAAGAUUCUAAUGUAAAUCAUGAAUCUGCCAUUUUACCAUUUUUACACAACCAGAAUCAUAUUACCUGUUAUGUUGUCGGUACCAAAUAUUUCUCAAGGCUUUUGUCGUAAUACCCUUUAUUUUCUUGGUUUUACCAUUAUCUUGAAUAUACUAAGGCGUUCAGUUCAUUAAUAUUUACGAGUGAAAAUCAUAUUUUUUAUGUUUUAGCUGUACAUUUUAGAAUCGUGUAAAUUUCCAAAUCAUUGAUUGUAUAUUUCUUCCUUAGCAAAAACUAACCCGUGACAUCCAAUUCCUAAUCUUUGGAAAUUGCUGAAUCUCAUUCUUUUUCAUUUUACUUCUGUACGAAAUUGUUAGAAAAAACUAGCUCAUAAAUCAUCGAAAUAUUGUUUUUAUAGCAAGACUCAAUUUUAAUUUUCUAACCUCCCAAGGAAAUCAUCGACACUCCCAAGGAAUCUUUAGUUUUAUGAUUGUGAUACUAUAUUUUAUUUUAGAUGUGUCUCUUAUAAAAAAUUACGUGGAGGGUAAAUCUUAUCAUUAUUCCCUGCUUUUUAUGUAUGAAGAGAACUUAUUUUUGAUGAUAUUAUUUUGAUAACUUUUUUGCAUAAUUUCAAUUCUGUAAACAAUUCUCUCGGAAUUUUGCUCGGAAUUCUUGAGUGAAACUAAUUUAAAUACCACCAUUUCAAAAGUGGACUACAAUUUCAAUAAGAAACUAUCAUUUCUAACUAAUUUUAAGAACAGCGUUUUUUAUCAUUUGUUUCCCUGUGCCGAUACGUGCUUCUAGGGAUGAACCAGAAACAAGAGCUCCUUUUUGCAAAAUGUAGUCCAAUCAUAUGGCAGUGAAAACUUCUAAAAAAUAAUUUUCAAAAGAGUUACUGGUUUUGAAAUUAAGUUUUUUCUAAUUUUGAGAACUUUUAAUCCUUUUUUUAUUUUAAGAAGAUGUUUUGAUGCAUGUAAAUUUCACCUAGAAAAGUUUUCUAAAUGAAGCUGCCCUGUUAGUGGUAUACUUGGUAAAAUUAGUGUGAAUGCCAUUUGAAUCAGUGAGAAUGAAAAUGCAUCAACUUGGGAAAAUGUUCAGAAAACACAUUGAACUUCAUAAUAGCGUAUUCAUGGGUAUUUUUGUUCCAUUCAUUUCAACUUUGGCUGUUAAAGUGUCUCAAUGUGCUUCUCUUAUGGCACCAAAAAGUUUUCUUUUAAUACCAAUUUUCUCACCUACUGUGCGGGUUUUUGUGUCUUCUGAAAAUUUUAGUUCUUCUGAGUUGGUUUGCUUUCAUUCUAACCAAUUAAUUUAAGAUGAAUUUUCAGAUGGUGUAAACAAACAUUGAUGAAUAAACCUUUUUUUUUCUUAGAUAUUGCUUCUGCUUUUAACCGCUAAUACUGAUUAACUUGCUGCAAUACUUAACUAAUUCACCUACUGAUCACUACAAUACUUAAUUACUAUCCUGAUUCCAUUAAAUUUACUGGUCUGUUUCAACUCUUCAUUGAAAAAAGAAAAAAGGAUACUUGUAAAACCCCACUAUGAAUGUCAAAAUGAGUGAAUACAAAAUAUUAAGCAAUAUUUUUGUAGAAAAUGGUGGAUACUGCCUUUAGAUAAUUUUCAUUUCAAUAUAGAGUUUUUGGAAGAUUUUAAGUUGAAAGCAUAGUGGAAAUGAACUUUUAGACAUGAUGAAUCCUCACUUUUUAAAAAUCAAUGGCUAAAUCCCAUUUUAGCAAAUUUGUGCAUUUUAUCAAUGUUAAGCUGGUUGUGAGAUCACUAACUCCUCCGUCCACAUCAAAAGGGAAUGUACGUAUGUUAAGAUUCUUGUGAAAAACGUUCAUUCAUUCUUGGUUAUUAUCUGAUGAAUGUAGUAUGAACGUUGUUUAUUCAUCAAUUUUGUAUGCUAGGAUCUGUAUUAGGAAUUUGUUAUUUCUUGCCUAUUUAUUUUUAUAUUUAGUACUGCAUGUUUUGUCAUGAAUAAUCAAUUUAACCAUUAUUUACUCAUUUGCUCCUGUACAAUAAUAUCUUCAAAAUUGCAUUUACUUAGGUGUUUUAAGGUUGUUUUGGGUCAAAACCUUGAAGGAAAGUUAUCGCCCCUUUUAAAUCCACAACAAUCGCAAGAAGACUGACUGUAGCAAUCAAAUCAAACUUUAACCGGGGAAAAUUUCACCUAUCAUGAUUUCCUUAUUUAUUGGUGGAACUGAGAUACCCGCUGGAUUUGCAAUUCAUAGGAGCCCAUACACUUGCAAACAAUCUAAGAAACUCCGCAUGAUCAUCAGUUAAAAUCAAAAUAGACCCCUAAGUUAUUAAAUUACUAUCAAGCUGUCUUUCAAUUCUAGUAAACCGUCAGUUGAAGGAAGGGCUUAAAAUCAUUGCCUGGAAGGCAUAAUCUUCCUCAGAUAUUUUACUGAUAAACGUCAUGCACAUGUGUCUUGUCAUCUCCUCUAUUCCAUGUGUGUUUAAUCAAAUUGGUUUUCAGAAUUAUUAUUCACUUUUCUAACACAUGCACACCUUGCUUUAAGCCCCUCCAAAAUCACCUCACCAUUAAUAAAUCUUUCAAAGGAGAAGUAGGCCGGACUGAAAGCUAAUUCAAAGGUCAAACUUUGACUUAGGCACUUUCUGUAAUAAAAAAGCUAUUGUACAAGAGUUAUUUUUUUCUAAUCAUUAUGUAUUUAACUUUAAAUUGACCGGAUGUGAUGCUUCCAUAAUUUUUUAGCAAUACCUAUUGUCAAAUAACUUUUUUUGGAAACCUUAUUCAGUAAUCAUGUACCAUCCACACAAGUUGACAUAUCAGGAUUUACUUAUGCUCUUAGUGAGAGGAUCUACAUGUUUUUGGAAGGAAGCCCUUUAUAUUAUUCCUUAGGGUUUUUCAGUCGGUGACUUGCCCAAUUAUUUAAAGUAAGUAAAUUCUGAAGUGUCAAUAAGGCUUGGAAAUCAAGGAAAGCCGUGGAAAAAGUUUACCAUGAUAGAAACAGCAAAUCGUCCCAACCUAUUUCUAGUUGAUUACUCGCGCAUGACUAGUAAAAUCAACCCGAACAAGUAAUCUAAACAUUUUAGUACAAACAAUCUGUUAGGAUUUUAAUAAAUACCAAAAUAGGAUAGUUUGUGAUAAUCAUUGUGUGUCAAUUUGCAUUAAUAGCUAAUCAUUGUAUUUUUGUCUCUUUUAUUAAAGCAUGAAUUUUACAAACUUGCAUGCCAUUUGUGGCACAAGUUUGAAUGAUAUGUUAUGUCUUCGUAGUUAUUGAGCUCAUUGACGACCUAGAGAAAUAAACUUUAUUUUACUACAAGA